GGCAAAUUUGCAACGAACUUCGGACGGAGUUCUAACGGAUGACGUCGGGAUUCGGUGGGAAUGGCGUAGGAAUUUAUUUAGCCCUGCUACGGAUAUAUCCGUCAGAAAUCUGUGGGGAAGCAUUUACAAAUUCGUCGGGAUUCCGUAGGAAAGCGGUUGGAAGUAUUUGGCUUCCGGUUCGGAUGCAAGGGAUUGGAAAGCUGUUUCGAAUCCGUCGGAAACUCGUUGGAAUUCCGUAGGGAAUAGAUAUUUUUUAAACUCACCGACAAUUAUUUGGAGAAAUCAAUUUGAAUCAAACCUUAUCCCUGCGGCCCUCCUCCAUUUAUAUUGCACUUCAAUUGCCAAGAUAAUAGGCACCUCCCAUUCAUCUUCCUAAACUAUUUUUUUUAAAUCUUGGUUUCGUCUCUAUACUUUUAUAAUGUAUAUGAUAGAUAGAAGUUGGAUGUACGAUAGAUACGAUCCAAUUUCAAAAAAUGUUUCUGCAAAUUUCAUGAAUGGUGUUGAAAGUUUUGUUCAAAUUCGCUCGUCUUCAACAUGAAUUUAGUGGCGGAGAAGAAAUUCGAUGUCCAUGUCGGAAGUGUGGUAAUCGACGAUUUCAUGCUAUUGAGGAAGUAAAGCUUCAUCUUUUUAGACAUGGAUUUAUUGCCGGUUAUGAAACGUGGACUUCUCAUGGAGAAUUGUUACAAGGUUCGACAUUUUUGAAUUCUCAAACCCCAAAUGAACAUACUACCGAAAAUGUUCAUGGAGCACAUUCAGGGAGUCAAGAUGAGACACCAUGGGGUCAAAGAAUGUUAGAAGACAUUUUCGGAGGACACGUGCCGAUAAACUCCACAAACUACGAUCCUAAUUGUGGAGAACAAAGAGGAGAUGAAUCACCAAAUGAAGAUGACAUAUCAUACUUGGCGGAUCAUUUUCAAAAUGUUUUGCAAGCUGCAGAUCAGCCUUUGUAUGAAGGUUGUAAUGAAGGCUCCCAAUUGCAAUUUGUUUCUGAAGUAAUGAGUAUCAAAUCCGAUUUUAAUGUUCCACAAGAUGAAGUCAAUCGGUGGCUGGAAUUAUUUGGUCGAUACUUACCCCGUGACAACACUGUUCCUAGAAAUUAUUACGAGACAAAAAAACUUGUGGCUGAAUUAAGUCUUCCUGUGGUGAAGAUUGACGCGUGUCCUAACGGGUGUAUGUUGUUCUGGAAAAAUGAUAAAAAGUUGGAAGUGUGUACAUUUUGUGGUGAGAAGCGUUACACAUAUGAUGCAUAUCAGGAUUGUCGGUCAAAAAGACAGAAACGAACUGCUAUUUCAGUAUUACGUUAUCUACCUUUGACAACGAGGCUGCAAAGAUUAUAUGCAUCACGCCAAACUGCUGAGUCCAUGAUAUGGCAUUCUACUCAUGAAUCAAUUGGAAAUUUGAUGGGUCAUCCUUCUGAUAAUGAGGCGUGGAAACACAUUGACAAUUUAUAUCCCGACUUUGCCUCAGAUCCACGUAACGUUCGAUUGGGAUUGUGUUCUGAUGGAUUUGCUGCACACGGGCAGUAUGGUGCAUCGUAUUCAUGUUGGCGAGUUAUUCUCACGACGUACAACCUUCCUCCUUGUAUGUGCAUGAAAUCUCCAUAGAUGUUCUUAUCUCUCAUUAUUCCUGGUCCGAUGUGUCCUAAACGAAAAAUUGAUAUUUAUUUACAACCGCUUAUUGAUGAGUUGAAACAUCUUUGGGAUGAGGGUUCUAGAACGUAUGACGUGGCAAAAAAUGAAAUGUUUUCUAUGCGAGCUGUUUUAAUGUGGACAAUUAGUGACUUUCCUGCAUACGGGAUGCUAUCAGGCUGGAGUACUGCUGGGAUUUUAGGAUGUCCUAUUUGUAUGGAAAAUAGCAAGGCUUUCCACCUUAAGUAUGGUGGAAAAGCAUGUUAUUUUGAUUGUCAUAGACAAUUCCUUCCACGCAAUCACUCAUAUCGUAGAGAUGUAAGUUCCUUCACAAAAGGAAGAAAGGAAACUAGUCGUCCACCUAUUAGAUUAUCGGGGACACAAAUAUAUGAUCGCAUAGCGGUGAUGGAUACAACAGUGGAUGAUCCCCGUGAAUUACCUGAAGGUUAUGGGACAAUUCAUAAGUGGACAAAAAAAAGUAUAUUUUGGGAUCUCCCGUAAUGGAAAAAUUUAUUAGUCAGACACAAUUUGGAUGUUAUGCACAUUGAGAAGAAUGUGUUUGACAAUUUAUUUUAUACAGUAAUGAAUGACAAAGAAAGGACGAAAGAUAACUUGAAGGCACGAAAGGAUGUUGGAAUUUACUGUGAUCGUCCUAACAUAGGUGUGACCUCUGAUUUUGUUGAUAAAAUCAAUAAGGCUGUAUACACACUUACAAGUGCACAGAGAAAAGUCAUACUUGAAUGGAUUGCUUCUAUCAGAUUCCUAGAUGGUUACACAUCUAACUUUCGUAGAUGUAUUAGUGCAGACAGUUUAAGAGUAGUGCAUAUGAAAAGUCAUGAUUGCCAUGUUUUUAUGCAAAGACUUAUCACGAUAGCGUUUCGUGAAAUGCUCCCAUAAACUGUGUGGCAGUUAAUUGCUGAGCUAAGUCAAGUCUUCCAAACCCUGUGCACACGUGUGGUAGAUGUUGAAUUGCUUAAACAAUUAGAGAAAUAUGUUAUUCUUCUGCUGUGAAACAUGGAGAAAAUAUUUCCACCGGGAUUCUUUACUGCAUCUGUACAUUUAAUCGCUCACUUACCCUAUGAAGCAAGAGUGUGUGGAUCAGUGCAAUACAGAUGGAUGUAUAUGUUUGAGAGGUUUCUUGGGAGCCUAAAAAAGAAAAUCACCAAUAAAGCGCAUAUUGAGGCAUCCAUAUGUAGUGCAUACAUUUUUGAGGAAUUAUCAAUGUUUGCCUCUUACUACUUUGAAACACCAAUACGUUCUAAACGUAUUAGACCUUCUCGAAACGAUGAUGUUGCUUCAUCUUCUUCAAGUUCAAUGAGGUUCUCAAUUUUCAAUCAUCCUGGUCGUGGACAUGGGAAGUCUACUUUACGGUACAUUGUUGGUGAAGAAUUAAAAGUUGCAUACACAUAUAUCUUACUUAAUUGUGCAGAAGUGAGACCAUAUUACGAAAUUUUUUCGGACUUCAUUGAAUCACAAGGUCACAGUAAUGUGGAUCACAUUAUCGCCAGAGACUUCUCAGAAUGGUUUAGUGCUUAUGUGAUGAAUCCUUAUAAUGGAGUUUCUGACCCCUUAAUAACAGCACUUGCGUGCGGUUUAAAUUCCCGGGCUCAAUCACGACCUGCAUACAUAGUAGGUGGUUAUACAUUCCAUACUCGAUCUUAUGGAAUUGGGAAAAAAACAUAUAAUAGUGGAGUAUGUGUUCGUUCUUCAAAUUACAAUAACUCAAGUACAGAUUGGAUCGGGACUUUAGAAGAGGUACUCGAGGUGGAAAUACUUAGUCCUCUAAAGCUACAAGUUGUGUUGUUCAAUUGUACAUGGGUUGAUCCUGUGCGUGGUAUGCGAGCACAUGACAAAUAUAAUAUUGUUGAUGUGAAGCUUGAUUGUGUUUAUCGAGUUUUUGAGCCAUUUAUCUUAGCACAACAAGCAACACAAGUGUUCUUUCUUGAAUACCCAAUGGGCCGUACCGCAUCACUACGUGGUUGGAAAUGUGCGUGCAAAGUUAGAGCAAGGAAUGUUAUUCAAGGAGAAUGGAAGAGUGUUGAUGAUGAACCAUACCAAGUUGAGGAAACUGAACCACCUCCUAUUGUUGAUGUUAUGGAGGGCUUUAUAGAGUUACAAGAUCCUGGAAUAGAGAUAGAUAUUCCUUUAGUCGAAGUUCUUCAAGCUACUCCAACUGAUGAUAUUGCUCAGAAUGUUACUGAAUACGCUGAAGAAUAUGGAGACGAAGACGAAAGAGGAGAAGAAGACAAUAAUCAAAGUGAUCCAGAUGACGUAAUAUGUGAAGAAGAUAAUAACAACUCAGAUGAAGAGGUUUAGAUGGACUUUGUAGUUUGUUUUUAUUUUAGUAGAACAAUGAAUAAUAAAUUUGUAAUUUACGGUGAUUAACUCAAUGUUGUUGAAA